AUGAUGGAGGAACAAAAGGCCAUGCGAAUGAGGAGAAUUCUGGAAGAAGAAGCAGCUCGGGCUGCUACAAGGAAGAAGUUAGCUGUGGAGGAGGAGGAGUUUCUCAAGAAGAAGUAUGAGAUUCUUCUAGCAGAGACGGAGGAUUCGGAAGAUGGAGCCAGUAGGAGAUCGAGACUGAGCAGUCGAGCUAGUCGGGAGAGGGUCCAAUCGUGGCUGAGCAACCAGGAAGUCGGCACAACACAUAAAGUGGAAGUAGUGCCAUCCAGUAGCAUCAUGCCAACGGUCGUAGUCUCAGAAGCAGCUCAGCAGUCUAUCGUUCCUGUUCCUGCUACUUCAAGUCCCAUCGUGUCGAACAUCCCUGUUUCGGCAACUUCUGUCCCAGCGUCAACUUCUACGCCAAUUUCGAUGGACGUUUCCAGGAGCGUCGAGUGUGCUGAUGGAACAAUCGUUCCUCAAGUGCAAACUCCGGUGAUGUCAAGACAACACAUCGAAACUACCCCUCGAUCGCAAAGAAGGUUGAUUCUGAACAGUGUCGGCGAAGUUCCAGGACUCACCAAUGUAUCGAUGCCACCUACAUCCAGUGUAACCUUUCCCCAGUUUGGGACUCAGCAACAAUCCGUUACUCCAGUCCGAAAUGGGCCAUCUAAUGAACAAAUGGCGGCGAGGCAAGUGAUGCCACGGGAGUUGCCAAACUUCUCUGGCGAUCCGCAGGACUGGCCGUUGUUCUACAGCUCGUUCUGCAACUCCACAGAAGCAUGUGGAUAUACGGAUUCGGAAAACCUGGCAAGAUUGCAGCGUUGUAUAAAGGAUAGUGCGUUAGAAGCAGUUCGGAGUCGUUUGCUGAUGCCACAGUCUGUGCCUUUCGUUAUCGAUAUACUUAGAAGGUUGUAUGGUCGACCAGAAAUUUUAAUACAUUCUCUCCUCCAAAAGUUGCGAACGGUACCUUCUCCAAAAUUUGAUAACCUGCAGUCGCAGAUUAACUUCGGUCUCGCGGUACAAAACGUCGUAGAUCAUAUGACUAUCGCCAAUCUUCCUGAUCAUCUGUGGAAUCCGACGCUGCUCCACGAAUUGGUAGAGAAAUUGCCACCUCAAAUCAAGAUGCAGUGGUCUUACUACAAGAGCAGAUUCUCUUGUGUCAACCUAACGACCUUUAGUGCUUUCAUGUCCGAGCUUGUGAUGAUGGCCUCUGACGUUACGCUUCCGAUGGACGCCCUCGCACUGAACUCGAAGACUGGUAAAUCGAUUAAAGAAAAACCGAAGCUGUACAUGCAUACUGAGGAUCAGCGGGAGAAGAACUCUGAAUUUGCCGAGAAAAUGAAGACGCCAAUGGAACAGGCAAAGAAGCUUUGUGUGUAUUGCGGUAAAGAACGUCACGAGAUCGCGAACUGCAUCCAAUUCAAAGCGCUCGAUGUUGACGUUACUAUACAUGGAAAUGGAAAACAUGUCAGUACUUACGCGUUCCUGGACGAUGGAUCGAAUUCUACCCUUCUGGAAAACAAAAUCGCGUCCGCUCUAGGCAUCAAGGGGCCAACCGACGGUUUCUGUCUGAGUUGGACAGGCAAUAUCUCGCGGGAAGAAAAAGAAUCUCAACGAAUCAGUAUAGUAAUCUGCGGGGAUGGCAAGAAGUUUAAACUCCAUAACGUGAGAACGGUUCAGCAGCUCCAGUUACCUGCGCAAACGAUGCGCUAUGAGGAUCUAGUCCAAACCUACCAUCAUCUGAAGGGACUUCCGGUUCGCAGUUACGAGGGUGCGAUCCCGGGCAUCAUCAUCGGUAUAGAACACAUACGACUAUUAACUGCAUUGCGAACACGAGAAGGAAAAGACAAUGAACCGGUAGCAACAAAGACACGUCUCGGAUGGUGCAUAUUCGGGAAAAACUCCGACAGCGGAACAACGAUGGAGCAGUUGAACCUACAUCUAGCUGAUGAGAGUCGAGUGUAA